AUGAAAGUAAAUUCCAAAACAGACGAUUUGACCUACAUAUUAAACUUGUGUGUCCCAAUGGCGGUGCAAAGCGUCAACCGUCUCCUUAUUCUUACUGGAAUCAUGGGUAUUCUCAUAUCCACGUACACUCUCUAUGUGGAAAUGGCAGCGGAAAGCCGACCUGGAUACAAGGCUUUCUGUGACUUUGCAGAGCACGCGAGCUGUUCAAGGGUCCUAACAUCUGAGUAUUCAAAAGGAUUCGGUUUUUUGCCGGAGACCUCCACAUUUCAACUACCGAAUUGCAUUUACGGCGUUCUCUUCUAUUGUAUCAUAAUUUUUUUGAGUACUUAUGACAACGUGCUAGUCCUGCGGUUUCAACUGUUGUUGGAAGCCUCAUCUCUUGUCACCUGCAUUUAUUUAGCAUACCUCCUAAUCUUCGUACUUCACGACUUCUGUAUCGUCUGUGUUUCUACUUAUGUCGUAAAUUCUUGCCUUGGAUAUCUGUCGUUGAAAAAGCACGCAAUCCUUAUGAAGACGAAGUCUAAGGAUCAGUAG